AUUCCACUAAAAAGGCCAUAUAAUCGGAGUCUAUGUUGACAAGAUGAAUGAAACAUAUCAAGGAAUGUAUGUUGUGUUUAUGCUUGUCCAUUAAUAAAGUCACCAGUACAUGCUAGUGGUGCAGUAUGGCCGCUAACACACACCUGAUCGGCGACAAGGAGACCAAUAAUUGGUUCAAAGCGUACAUAGGACUUAAUGUUACGAAGGAAGGACUCACUAACUUUCUGUGCGCAGAAUUACAGAAAGUACACACCGUUGUUGGUAAAAGUUGUGGAAAAUGCCCAAUUGAAAACCUCAUACAAUGUCCGACAAACCCAUAUUGUAACAACAGGAAACGGAAUUAUUGUCCUUUUCACAAAUCACAGAAACCGCAGCCAUGCCCAAUAUGUGACAAUGUAAAAGAUAAUAUCAUAUUACACCACAGAUAUGGUAAACCUUCCUGGAGGAACACUCGUGCGGAACAGUGGGCACUUAAUGAUUGGGAAAUAGGCAAAUGCUACCUCCCUCCGGACGGAUAUAGCAGCAUUUCCUCGGUCCAGGAAUUGGACUAUAAUGGUGUGAUAAGCAUCGUGUUGAAUUGCCUACAUUUCCAGACAUGUCUCUCCCCCUUAUGCUUAUCACCUCCACCGCCUGAUAAGCAAUGUCCACUAGAAAAGGUCCGUCAGAUUGGCCGAGAUGUUCGACACACAUCCGACUGCAAGGUUACAGAUGCUGACUUGCAGGACUAUUUCAAGACACUGUCCACGCUCCUGGCUGACCCACAAUACUUACAACAUGAUCCUUCAGCCAUCAUAGCAUGUACAAGACUUAGUGAUUUGCAGAAUGAUCGUAUGUCCUUUGAAGAACUGGGCAAGCUGUUGAAAGAGGUCAAUCAAACGUUUGAAGAAGCAAAAAAGACCGGCGAACGUUUUUCUGAGAUGGCGGAAAGGACCUUGUCAAAACAUCUGCAGAAAUUGGAUGCUACUAAUCAGUUUGGGCUGAUACGCCUUAAAAAGAUGACAAUACUUGAGCAACUAUGCCUUUAUAGCAAGAAAGAUAGGGAACAUCGCCUUGAAAAAUGCAUUGAGCGCAUGCAACAGGCAGCAAACAAAACUGCACAAGCAGACUACGAACGAGACGUAGCAGCUGAAGAAGAUGAAGGGAAUUAUACUAAUGAACCAUCGAACAUUGUUGCAUCUGAUCCAUUGUUCAAACUUGACCUUAAUAAGGCAGUACGAAAUGCUGAGGAAGACACCGUACAAUCAGAUGUUCAGAGAUCUAAUAACCAAACACAAGCCGGAAUUAGUCUAGUAGCAUCAGACGCGUCCAUAAAAGACAUUGUAAAAAAGGCGCGGAAUGUUAUUAAAUUUCGUGGAGACAGUGCUCCUGAUGAUACUAUGACGACAGCUACUGAACAGAUGAAAACAAUAAGAAUAGAUGAGCAACCGACUCUACCAAGAUAUGAAAUGACCCACAUACCUAGAGGUGUAUGUAUAAUAAUCAACAACCAGGAGUUCAAUCGCAAUGAUUUGAAACGUCGCGAUGGCUCGGAUAAAGAUAGAGAAGAGCUGGAAGAAACAUUUAGGUGGCUAGGCUUCGAUGUUAAAUGCCACAAUAAUCUUAGUCGGGGCGAAAUGAUUCUGGAGCUUAUUACGGUCGCGCACAACACCGAUCAUACCAAUUAUGACUGUUUUGUGUGUUGUAUCCUGACACAUGGAGAGCAUGACACACUGUAUGGAAGCGAUGGACAACCUAUUCACAUAGACGAACUUAUCAGCAAUUUUAACGUCGAAAGGUGCCCAAGUCUAGCAGGUAAGCCCAAGCUGUUCUUUCUGCAAGCCUGUCAGGGCGAUAAAAACAUGGUGGGGGGCGUGCAGCCACAAGUUGACUCAUCGAAAGCUUCAGAGGUUAAAACGUUACCAAUUUUUGGUGACUUCCUGAUUGGCCACUGCACAUACCCGGGUUACCUUUCCUACCGGUAUUUGACAGGCUCGAUUUACAUCAAAACGCUGUGUGAACAGCUUAGAAAGCUUGCUCACAGCUGCGACAUUCUCACGAUUCUGACGAUGGUUAACUUAGAAGUCUCUAAGUGGGAAGGUACAUAUGAAAAUAACAGAGUUAAACAGAUGCCUGCUCCCAGAUACAUGUUGCGUAAGCUUUUGUUUCUGACACCCAGCGAAAGCAAGACUUGAAAAUGUAUAAAGGCAUAGUUGACUUCUAUUAAGAUUCAACAAAGAUUGUGGUAGGAGACCUUGCGAAAUGUGUUUUUGUUUUAAAACCUUGUUGAUGCGUAUGGUUAUAUUAUUAAGCUUAAGGAUCAGUAUUUCCUAACAUAUCUUUAGUUUGUUUGUUUUGUGAAAACAUGUGUCCAUUUAUUUGAAUAUAAGUGUGUCUUUGAUUCAUAUUAUAGCCGGACAAUCAAGAAAUGACAUGUUAUUUGAAUGUUCCUUUUUAUUGAUUUUAAGGUACAUUGUUAAAACGUGUUGAUAUACGAUACUCUCAUGUAAGAACAUUGUUAAAUACUUUUAACACUUUUAAUAUAGUAAAGUGCAAUUGAUUGGUAAUACAUUUCAAUAACAAUUAUUAUUAACAAUAAUUAUGUACAUUACAUAUGGUGUGUUUUGUGGUUUGGCUUGUUUCAAAAACAUUUUCGUUUCUGUGUAUAUCUGAUGCUACAUGAAAACAAACACGGUGUAUUAUUUUCUUUAAAUUGAUUUAUUUUUAAUUUGAAUUUCGAUGCUAUGAUGUUAUUGGUUAUUUUGACCUGUCUAUGUGUGUUUUUGUCAUCGCCGAAAAAUUUUCGGAGGGGGUGUAGUUAUAGUCUCCGUCCGUCUGUGCGCCCGUCCGUCUGUGCUUCCGUCCGUCUUUGCGUUGUCCGAAACUUGGUCCAGAGUAUAACGUCAAAUUUAUUCAAUGGAUAUAAUUUAAACUUGAAAUAUAAACAGAUGGCAACUAGGAGAACUGCAGUGACCAAGAACCAUAACUUUAUCUACCUUAGUUUUUUAAUGAGCUCCCUUUAUAUAAUUUCAAACUAAAUUUUAGUCCGGAGCAUAACUCCAAAUCAGUUCAAUGGAUUUACUUUAAACUUAGAAUCUAAGGAGAUGACAACAAGGAGAAUUGCAGUGACCAAGAACCAUAACUCUAUCUACCUUUUGUUUUGAAUUAUCUCCCUUAAUAUAAUUUCAAACUAAAUGUUUGUCCGAAGCAUUAUUCCAAUUCUAUUCAAUGGAUUUACUUUAAACUUGGAACAUAAACAGAUGGCAACUAGGACCAAGAACCAUAACUCUAUCUACCUUAGUUUUUGAAUUAACUCCCUUUAUAUAAUUUCAAAGUAAAUUUUUGUCCGGAGCAUAACUCUAAAUCUAUUGAAGGGAUUAACUUGAAAUAUAAACAGAUGGCAAGUAGGAGGAGUGCAGUGACUAAGAACCAUAACUCUAUCUACCUUAGUUUUCGAAUUAUCUCCCUUUAUUUAACUUCAAAGUAAAUUUUUGUCCGGAGCAAAACUCUAAAUAUACUGAAGGGAUUUACUUGAAACUUGACAUAUAAACAGAUGGCAAGUAGGAGAAGUGCAUGGACUAAGAACCAUAACUCUAUCUACCUAAACUUUUUAAUUAUCUCUCUUUAUUUAAUUUCAAGGUAAAUUUAUGUCCGGAGCAUUACUCUAAAUCUACUGAAGUGGUUUACUUGAAACUAAAAAUAUAAACAGAUGGCAACUAGGAAAAGUGCAGUAAACAUGAACCAUAACUAUUUUGGCUGUAGUAUUUUUUAAUUAUUUCCCUUUAUAAAAAAUAUUUUCUUUUUUUAUCAUUUUAAAUUAUAUUUAAUUUAAUUUCAUAUUCAUAUAUUUUAGCUUUUCAAUUUUUAAUAUAUCCCUUUAUCUAAUUUUACAUUACAGUAAUAUUUUAAUUUGGACACUGAAGUAUUCAGUAAGUAAAAGUAAGUAAAAUUAAGUUUAAGGAAAAAUACAGUAAUCAAUAACAGUAACUGUUUAUAGUCUUUUUUUAAUUACCUCCCGUUCUUUCAUUUCCAUAUGUUUUAUUCUCUAUAGCAUAACGCAUACACAAUAUAACUAGUUGAUCCUUGAAAUAUAAAUAGAUGACACAGGUGCCAUGUUUUACAAAUAUAAUUCUACUCUCCAAAACAAAUGUCAUACAAGCAAACACAUUUCGGCGGGGAUUUGGCACUACUGUGACAAGCUCUUGUUCUAAUUAAUUCGAGACCAAAAUUAAGGUUAGGCUAGUCAAGGCGAUCGUCCCGGUUUUAAAUAUUUUUGUAAUUUUAAGAUGUGUGCUGUGUUGUUGUUUAUUUUUGUGGUUUAUUGUUGUAUAGUCAAUCGGUCACCUGCUUAACAAUUUUUUCUCCCUUAUCUGUCUCUAGAAACUCAUGUUACCUAUAUAAUGACCGAAUUGCAAGAACUUCAUCAUUUAAUUAUAUGUAUUAACAAUUGAAAUUUACCUCAACAAUGACCUUCAAUAUUACAUACGCUAUGUAUCAUACGUUUGUCUUUUGUACAUAUUUUUAACAUCAAAUCGGUUCCGUUUUCGUUUACCCUCUUAAUGGAUGGGGAAAUACGAUUGGUUUAACCUCCAUUCGACUUUUUACUGCAGGCCGACCAUGUGUUUAUCGAUCAGAAGGUAUAUGGAUACUGCGGUAACUUAUACAUUACAUCGAUUUUUGAUGAAACAUGGCAUGGGUAAUGAAGGUUAAUGUCUGAUUGGUGAAAGACUUUGGUUGUGUCCUCAUUGAGAAAUCUUAGUAAGCCAUGCUAGGUCUCUCUGUACAUUUUUGCUUUCAUUGUGUCAUCAACGAUGCUAAGAAUUUUCAUCAGCUUACAUCAUUAGUAUUUUAAAGAUGUAUUGUAAUGGUUUUGCUUUCAGUACUAUUUUGAGGCGUAAUCAACAUGUAUUGG